UUAGAGGCGUAAAACAAGAAAAAAAAUAUUCUGAACCAACGGACUACAGACAUAGUACAGGAAAUGGCCAGAGACUGCAGACAUAGUACAGGAGAUGACCAGAGACUGCAGACAUAGUACAGGAGAUGACCAGAGACUGCAGACAUAGUACAGGAGAGGACCAGAGACUGCAGACAUAGUACAGGAGAGGACCAGAGACUGCGGACAUAUUACAGGAGAUGAUGACCAGAGACUGCGGACACAGUACAGGGAGUGACCAGAGACUGCGGACAGUACAGGAGAUGACCAGAGACUGCAGACAGUACAGGGGAUGACUAAGAGCCUGACGACCUUUGGGGAGGGAGGGGGAGCGGAGGAUGCCGUACCAUUCACAAAGUGCAGCGCUUCUCACGCAUGCGCAGUGGGCACCCGGCUGUCACAGAAGAAGCCGGCAUGGGAAGACUGCACAGUGCUGGACCAAGGAACAGGUAAGGUUCUGCUGCAGAGAAGAGCUGAGCGGCCAGCCCGGUAUUCUGACACGGCGGCGGUG